AUGCGGGCUGACAAACUGACUUCUCGGACCACAGAAGUGGCUGAGCAAUGGGUGGUAGAGAAGUUCGCGCCGGGCCGGCAUAACUCACAUCUUCAAGAACAUGGAUUCUCACGGACACAGUUGGGCCUGCAUGCCACGCGCUAUAUGACAUUCUAUUCUAAGGCUCGAAUAGAUGGACUGUGUCGCAGAGAGCAGACUCCCAAUUCAAUGAAAGUGUCGAUUUUGGUGCGUUUUGUUGGGCGCUAUCGCAGUCAUGAGAACCCUACACACUCUAAGCUGGCGUUCUCACCCCUCUUUACCCUUGUGCUGGUUCAAGUAUUUCACUCGACCCCUGCCACCCCAUCUGUGCUACUCGAGGCGUUAUUACUCAUCCCUUGCGUCUGGGUAACUAAUUCGGGGCUAAAGCCUCUGAUUAAGUCUCAUGGUCAAGCCUUUGCUACAUGGACCACGUAUAUAGUAAAACCUACUGUCAGCCAUCUAGCUCCAGUCUUUGCUGCAUCUAUCCUUUUUCUAUCCCUUAUACCACCACGGUCUAUUACGUGCUAUGCCCUAGUCCAGUGA